AUUCAAUGUCUGUUUGCGGGAUUGUCGCGGCAGACUUACUUGUCGCAAUUAUCCUCUCACGUAUUACGUUGGACGUGAUAAAACGUCGGCCGUGACUAAACUCUGAAAAAAUGGACGAAGACUUCUCACUUCACCAGAGACUGAAAGCUGCGCUGCACUUCACAGUCGGCCGCCUGUGCGAGGAUAUUGGAGGAGACGGUGGGAAGAGGUUCAACAAGGAGGUGCUGGCGGCCAUUGCGGAGACCACCUACAGGCAGUGCGACAUUUUUGCAAAAGAUCUGGAGGCCUUUGCAAGGCAUGCAAAAAGGACCACGGUGAAUUCGGAGGAUGUCAAGCUGGUGGCUCGGAGAAGUACGGCACUGUACAACCACAUUACGAGGAGGAGCGAGGAGCUUGCAUCAACAAACCAAGAGCAAAAGGAACGGAGGAAGAAGAACACAGGAAAAAGGAAGAGUGAGGAUGGCCAGACUGGGGCUGGAACUGCAGGCAAUGAGGAUUGUGACAUGACCUAAAAUGAGGAAUUUCCUGAGGUGUCUUCCAUGAAAAGGAGAAAAGGUGUAAAACGCUUUGUACGUAGUGACAUGCAUACAUGUCGUACAUGUCUGUUCUCCCUACUCCCCCUUCGAAGUGCAAAUCAGUGUGACAGACAGGAAGGAAAGCACAGAAUCAACCAGAGUAAUACUGAACUGUUUAUAAAAAAAAAAAAAAAAAAAAAGCUCCAGACAUUGGCACAAAUCUCUUAACAGUUCAUUCUCCACAAUGCAGUACGCAUUUUGGAGACUGUUAUGAAAAACCCAAUAAAAACAUUGUUUUUCAAUUGAUUGUAUCAAUCUUUGGAGUGGCACAUGUCAUUAAAACUGAAAAGCAUUUUAAUUUAGCUUUUAUCAGUCAGUAGACAAGGGCUUAAAGGUUUUUUGAUGUAUAAAACCACAUAGUGAAGAUGUAGUUCAAGGUUAUUUGUAGAAAUCAAAUCUUCCUACAAGUGGCUGUGGCCACUGGAUUGUUCUUGUACCUCUCUGGUGAACAAUGACAGCAGCACCCUACUGUUGUACUCAACUCCCUUGUGGUUGUGAGUAGGAUAUUACCAUGUAUGAAAUCAAUUCCUCAGGUCUUUUUUUCAUGACCAUAUACUUUCAACAUUUUGAAGACUAUAAAAAUAAAGCAGAUUUCACACAGAUUACUGCCUCUUAACAUAUAGCAGUCCUAUGCCUUCAGCUACUUUUGACCAUAUUCAGGUAGUUCUCACACACAGAGCAUUUAUUGCAGUUAAAUGUAGUAUCAGACAUUAGCUGUGAACACUGGAAAAUGAUCUUUUAAAAUGGCAGAAGAAACAUCUGUCAAAAGAAACAAAAUGUAAAUGAUUUACACUGGUACUAUUCAGACUUGCUACACACUGAAGAUCCAUGAGUAAUACCCAUAUUUUCAGUUGACUGAACCACUUGAAUGAAUGGAACUUAAUUUAACUACAAAAUCUGGUAUUACACUAUCCAAGUUUCUUUAAUUGUGCACCUAAAUGUUUCAUAAUUACACAAAUUUAUUGAAGAAACUUUAAAAAAGUAGAAAAUGUACAAUUCAUGGGAUUAAAAUAAUGGAGAAAAUGUAUGACAAGUUAUGUGGUUCCAGGUAUCAGCUUUUACCUUUGCAAUUAAUAUCAUCCUUUGCAAAAUACAAGUCUUACAGCAAUCCUUUUGCGUACUUUAUCACAAAUGUCCAAACGUGUCCUAAAAAUGACCUACUACAACUCAUACUAUUAUACUGUAUCAACAGAAGAAAACCUGUAAAGAAUCGGCAUUGUCAAAUAAUGUAGCGCACACAAAUUUUCUGUAAAAUUUAUCCCAUUAACAUGUGUUUGAAACAUUUAAACAUAGGAGACUUUGCUUUCAAAGAAAUUACCCAGUUUUGUUCUAAACAUUUACUCUGAAAUCAAACGAUCAACAAACUUGCACUGAGUUUUCAUAUAUAAUUCAAAUAAUGCAAGGUAUAUUUGGCUUACUAAAAAUUCUAGCCAAUAAUCCACUCUUGUUUUAAAAGGAAUUUGGGUUUAGAGAUGGGGGGGGGGGGG